AUGUCCUCUUCCUCCAACACCACCUCCUACCUGCAGAUCAGCGUCGGUGGCCAAGUCCACAUCAUCCCAGCGAGUGUCCUCACCGAGGAGGGCACUCAGGCAGUCAUCAACAUGAUGGCUGCCAGGUCGCCGCCGCCCCAGCACCAGCAGCACCAGCACCAGCACCAGCACCAGCAGUACCAGCAGCAGCAGGACGACCAGCCGCUCGGCGACUGGGAGCUGGCCGCCAUGGCCGACGGCAGCUACAUCCAGCUGCCCGACGCCGGCAGCGGCCAGCCGCCCCACCCCACCGCCACCACCACCGCCGCCGCCGCCAGUCCCGCCGCUGCCCCCGCCAGUCCGCUGCCCGUCCCUGCCGCCGCUGCUCCCGCUGCCGCCGCUGCUCCAGCCGUCGCCGCCUCACCCACCACCACCACCACCACCACCGGCGGCUUCCCCGGCUACCGCUGGGCCGCCCAGACCGCGGCGCUGCGCCACUCGCCCCGGCGGCCGGCCGUGCAGUUCGCCCACGUCUACGGGUGGCUGUCGGCGCGGUGGCCGGCGCGCUUCCCCGCGGCGUCGUCGCCCGCCGGCGCGACGUGGAAGAGCGGGGUGAGGCAUGCAGUGCGGAAGCACUUCAAGAGGGUGAGUGUGGGUGAGGGAGAAGAAGGGAAGGGGGUCUGGUACGCGCCUGAUGUGGAGGAUUUGAUGGGGAGGGGGGAGGCGUUGAAGAUUGCGUGGGGGGAUGAGGGGAGGAGGAAGGGGGGGAGGAAGGGGAGGGGGAGGAGGGGGUGA